AUGUCUAACACACUGAUGAGACUUCGCUCGGCACGGCCAACAGGCCCUCGCCGGAGCUUCGCUGCCAUUCAAUUAUCCAUACAGGCCCGUUCCAAGACUACCAUGCCAUUUCGCCUUCCCGAUGCAAGAAAUGAGCCCAAUCCUCUCUAUAAGAAAGGCUCCGCAGAGCGCACCAAGCUCGAAGCAGCAUUAGCCAAGCUCCGUUCACAGCUCCCAGUGCGAAGUGAGCUCUUCUACGGCGGCCAAUUCCAGGCAAGCUCAGAGUCCUGGAAUCAGCCUUUGCCCGCCGAACAUGCCAUUACUUUCACAAACUACCCACUUGCCACCAAUGAGCAGACCAGAUCAGCCAUUGAUCUGGCUUUAAAAGCAAAACAGAGCUGGCAGGAUACUCCAUUCGUUGAUCGAGCCUCGAUCUUCCUUAAGGCUGCCGAGCUACUCUGUACGAAGUAUCGAUAUGAAAUUAUUGCGGCAACGAUGUUGGGACAAGGGAAGAACAUUUGGCAGGGAGAGAUUGACGCUGCGGCCGAAUUGGCUGAUUUCUUCCGUCUGAACUGUAACUGGGCUGCUGAGAUCUUGGAGAAGCAGCCAACUCGCGGCAGUGAUGGCAUGUGGAGCCGCAUCGACUACCGUCCUCUGGAAGGCUUCGUCUACGCCGUCUCCCCAUUCAACUUCACAGCCAUCGGCGGCAACCUCAUCUGCGGUCCCGCACUAAUGGGCAACGUCGUAAUCUGGAAGCCAUCAGCAUCAAACGUCUACGCCAGCUCCCUGCUCUACAAGAUCCUCCUAGAAGCCGGUCUGCCCCCCAACGUCAUCCAGUUCGUAACCGGUGACCCAGAAGCAAUCACCGAAACCGUGCUGUCGCACCGCGACUUCGCCGGCUUGAAUUUCAUCGGUUCAUCCGACGUCUUCCGCACCCUCUACGGCAAGAUCGGACAGGGCGUAGCCGCAAGGAAGUACCGCGAGUUCCCGCGUUUCGUCGCCGAGACUAGCGGGAAGAACUUCCAUCUCGUGCAUGCUUCUGCCGAUAUCUCCAGUGCAGUCAACCAUACCAUUCGCGGUGCUUUCGAGUACCAGGGACAGAAAUGCUCUGCUACGUCUCGGGCGUACUUGCCUGAGUCUCGGGCUGAGGAAUUCCUGGUUAAGUUGCAGGCUGGGAUUAAGGAGAUUACAAUUGGGAGUCCGGAUAAGGAUCUGGAGGCUUUUAUGGGCCCGGUUAUUCACCGUGGCUCGUUUGAGAAGAUUAAGUCGAUCAUCGAUGCGAGUAAUAAGGAUCCCUCGCUGAAGCUCGUGGCUGGUGGGACUUAUGAUGACUCUGUUGGUUAUUAUGUGCAUCCGACUGUGUAUCAGGCCGAUUCACCGGACCAUCGUCUCUUCAAUGAAGAGAUCUUUGGGCCUGUGCUGGCUGUGUAUGUUUACAAAGAUGCCGAUUGGGCUUCUAUCCUGAAGUCUGUCGAUCAGAAUGGAGGCGGCUUUGCAUUAACUGGUGCGGUUUUCGCCAAGGAUCGUGCUGCUAUCCGCCAGGCUGAAGAUGCGCUCCGGUACUCUGCGGGCAACUUCUAUAUCAACUGCAAAACAACUGCCGCACUCAUUGGCCAGCAGUCCUUCGGUGGUGCGCGUGCUAGCGGGACCAACGAUAAGGCUGGUAGCUCUGACCCGCUUCGUCGUUUCGUUAGUCCACGGUUGAUUAAAGAGGAAUUCUUUGACCAGGAGGGGUUCACAUAUCCCAGCAACCACAGUGAUUGA